UGUGACAUCCAGCGGAAGUAAACAACACAAGCGCUAGUAGCGUUAGCUGCAUGUAUGUAGUGAAUUAGCUGGAAGACGAUAUUGUAGUCGUAGCGCAGAUAAUUAUUUAAUUUGUAAUUAAGCAAAAAUGUCUUCAGUUGAGUAUUUGAGAGAGUUUGUCAGCGAGCGACUAACUACUGCUGCUGAAGAAAUAUUCGGAGUUUUUAAAAAAACUAUCGUCGAAUACGAGGAAGAGAUCGAUCGUCAGCGCAGACUGCUGGAUAUCUUUUGGAAACCCGAAAUAAAGUUAAACAGGAUAGAGCUCCCACAGCAACAUGUCUGUACGGAGGAGGAGGUUCUGGCUGACCAGCAGCUCUGUAUUCAGGAGAGGAACUCCAGUCUGGACCAAGAGGACCCAGAGCCUCCACAGAUUAAAGAGGAACAGGAGGAACUCUGCACCAGUCAGGAGGGAGAGCAGCUUGUACUGAAGCAGGAGACUGAUGCCUUUAUGUUGACUCCUACUGAUGAGGAAAGUGACCACAGUGAAGAUCAGACUCUGUACUUGAAUCUGGAUAAAAUUCGAAGUGCAGCAGAGGAAGAGUCUACAGGCAACAUACCUGUUAAAAGCUCUGUGGUACCAGAACCAAACAGGGACCAGCAGCUCCUCUCUCACAACUCUGAUGCAGCUGUGAGCCAAGAUCAGAAAGGAGGCAAGCAUGAAGACUCAGGAUCAACUAGAGAUGCAGAACCAGGAUCAGAGAAUCAACAUCACAAACAUGAAAGUCACAUUAACAAUGUAUACAGCUCUACCAUGUUAAAAAUUCACCAUAAUACUCAAACGGGUAAAAUGUUUUUCAAAUGUGACACUUGUGGAAAAGAUUUUAAGUACAAGUCAAGAUUGCAGACACACCUGAGAAGUCACACAGGUGAGAAGCCAUAUACUUGCAAAACAUGUGGGGUGGCUUUCAGACAGAGUGGUCACUUGAUAGUCCACAUGAAAAGAGCUCACACAGGUGAGAAGCCGUAUCUUUGCAACACCUGUGGGAAAAGAUUCUGUCAGACAUCAGACUUGAACUUUCAUUUAAGAAUCCACACUGGUGAGAAGCCGUAUAUUUGCAAAACAUGUGGGAGAGCUUUCACACGUAGUAGUGCCUUGAAAGUCCACAUGAGAGUGCACACAGGUGAGAAGUUGUACCUUUGCAAGACCUGCAGGAAAAGAUUCAUUUACAUUUCAGCAUUGAAAAGGCAUAUGAGAAUCCACACAGGUGAGAAACCGUAUACUUGCAAAACUUGUGGGAGAGGUUUUGGACAGAGUAGUGACUUGAAAGUCCACAUGAGAAGAGUCCACACUGGUGAGAAGCCGUACCUUUGCAAGACCUGCGGGAAAAGAAUGGGUGACAUUUCAGCAUUUAAAGUUCACAUGAGAAUCCACACAGGUGAGAAGCCGUACCUUUGCAAAACAUGUGGUAGAGCUUUCAGACAGAGUGGUGACUUAACAGUCCACAUGAGAAUCCACACAGGUGAAAGGCCGUACCUUUGCAAAACAUGUGGGAGAGCUUUCACAAGCAGAAGUGCCGUGUUGGUCCACAUGAGAAGAGACCACACUGAUGAGAAGCCGUAGCACUGCAGCAAGUGGGGGGAAGGAUACGUUGAUGUUUCUGAUAUGUCAAGGCAUAUAAGAUUGAAUACAGCCAAGGAGCAAGCUGUAUUUGCAAAACAUGUGGGAGACGAUUCAGUUCUAGUGGUUUGUGGUCAAAACAUGAGAAAGUGAGGAGCCAUAUAACUGCAGCACUUGUGUGAAAAGUUCAACUCAAAACACCUGAUCAAUAUACACAGGAGAAACCAUCGAGCUGAAACUCCUGUGGAGACGUGUUCAGCUACUGAAUGAAAUACACCUUUACAAUAGCUCCAUCUCUGUAACUGAAUGUAUAUAAUUUCCCAUUGAUUUGAGGUCACAAUAUGUUUGUGUAACAAAGUAGUACAUUGUCAGCAAUGACAUCAAGUUUUGUUAAUCUAACCUGUUUUUUCCCUGUAUCAUUCAUAUUUCUGUAAGCAACAGUAUUUCUUUGAAACAAUCAUAAUCUCCCAAUCUUUGAAAGAUUAUUGUUGCACAGUGAGUUCAUAGUUCCUACAAAUGUUUGACCUGUUAAAAGAAUAUUAAUUUAUGCAAUUUUUGUACACUACUUCAUUUAUAUCAGUGGAUUGUGAAUUCUUUGAUGUUGAAGCUGCGAAACCCUCUCUCUAGUGGUGUUAAGUCACUUAUGUUGUAAUCCUGCCAAAUAGAGUUUUUUGUUUUUCUGCAGUUUUUUCUCUUCUUUAUGUAUUUUGUGAUUGGUUCAACUUGAUAUAAUGUUUGAUGUUUCUGGUUUUAGAGGUCAAGCACCUCUUUCAAACAAGUCUCUCCUGAUUGAACUAAAAUGAAUUUUUUAAAUGAAGAAAAAUGAAUGUUGGGUGUCAAAUUCAUUCUGUCAAGUCAAAGUUGAUCAAAUAAAGUAUGUGCUGAUAACACCAUUUAAUAUCA